ACAGACACACACACACAGGCACACACACAAACACACAGACACACACAGACACACAUAAUAAGAAAAGACUUGACACAGAUUUAUACAGAGAGCUGAAACUGAUUGUUGUGCUCAUUGUUGUCGUCUCUUCAUGUCGUGUUUUUCCUUAAGAUGAGAAAAACAAAAGCACUUUUUUUUAUUAAAUUUGUUUAUGUUCAGUUUGAUCCAGACUUUUCUCAUUUCUCCUUCUGGGUUUCUAUCCAAGAGCUCCAUGUUACACUGUCAUUUCCACAGUAGUAGUGGAAAUUCUCUCUCUCUCUCUCUCUCUCUCUCUCUCUCUCUCUCUCUCUCUCUCUCUCUCACUCACUCUCUGUCUGCACAUCUGGAGCGAUGGAUCACUUCUGAGUGGAGCUGCAGGUUCAAGUGUUUGGACUAAAAACCUGCUGCACAAAAGCUGAAUUUUAUUACUAUUAUUGCAGGACAGAGAGGUGAGUAGAGAAGAGUGAAUUCUUCCCCUUGGAGAGGACAGUGUGUACUGAGUGUGUUGCGAUGAUCUGGAGGUGUGUGUUGUGUGCACUGCUGCUGUGUUGGGCUCUUGUUCUCGGAGUCGAGCCUGAACACCAGCAGGAAGACCAACACAUGGUCCAGAAGAAUAAAGAAACAGAGAAAGACAGGAAGGGAAAAACCAUGGCGAUGUGUCCUGAUCAGUGUAGCUGCACGUCCGAAGAAACUGUCGACUGCGCCGGGGUCAAUGUAUCCGAGUUUCCACAAGAGAUACCGGAGAACACACGCCAUCUCUCACUGCAGAAUAAUCAGAUCGCUGAGAUCAGAGCGGAGGAUCUUGCACGACUAAUUCAUCUGGAGACUCUCAACCUUCAGAACAACCGCCUCACCACGCAGGGCCUUGAAGAUGAUGGGUUUGAAGCUCUGGAGCAGCUCAGUUAUUUAUACUUGGCGAAUAACCAGCUCACAGCAGCACCCAGAUAUCUACCACCGACCCUGGUCAGCGCAGACUUCGCCGCGAACCAGCUGACCACCAUCUACCCCUACACCUUUGGCCUGAAACCCAGACUGAAGUCAGUGUACCUUCACAACAACAAGCUGUCUGAUGCAGGCUUCCCUGAGGGAAUGUUCAAUGGGUCAGACAACCUGGAGGUGUUAAUCCUCUCCAGCAACUACCUGCGCUACGUCCCUAAAGGCCUGCCCAAGGCGCUCUUCCGUCUCCAUUUGAAGAAUAACAAACUGGAGAAGAUUCCUUCAGGUGCGUUCGAGAACCAGCCUCAUCUGAGAGAACUGUACCUGCAGAACAACCUCCUGAGCAACAAUGGCAUGGAUAACACCACCUUCAGUCACCUGAGCAGACUGGAGUACCUGGACCUGUCCAACAACAAUCUGACCGCAGUACCUUCAGGUCUUCCCCGGACCCUGAUGCUGCUCCACCUGGAGAAAAACUACAUCACUUCUGUCAGAGUCGAUUCCCUCAGUGCUGUGAAGGAUCUUCAGUACCUUCUGCUUCACCACAAUCGGCUUCGCGCUCGCUACAUCCACCGUGACGCCUUCCGUGGUCUCAAGCGCCUCCACACGCUCCACCUACACCACAACCUGCUGGAACGAAUCCCUCUGGGCCUGCCGCGCCGCGCCCACACACUCGUACUGCUGCGAAACUACAUCGGUGAGAUUGGACGCGAUGACCUCAGCACUCUUUACACGCUCAACGAGCUCAACCUUAGCUACAACCGCUUGACGAGCGAACGCAUUCAUCGCCACGCCUUCAGGAAAUUGCGCGUGCUGGAAGUCUUGGAUCUUUCAGGGAACAAACUGAGCACGCUGCCUCUCGGGCUUCCCAAGAGCCUCCGCCUCCUGCGGGUGAAGAAUAAUCAGAUUGCCGAGCUGCCAGAGGGGGCACUGAUGGGUAUGAGCAAACUGAAGGAGCUCCAUCUUUCUAACAACCAGAUCAAACUAGGAUCCAUCUACCAAGGGGCGUGGCAGGAGCUUGGCUCUCUCACAACUCUUGAACUGUCAGGUAACUUGCUGUCUCAUGUCCCUGCUGAUCUUCCCGAGUCUUUGGAGUUCCUACAUCUGCAGAACAACAGGAUCAGCAGCAUCUCUGCCACAGACUUCAUCAGUACUCCAAACAUCAAGAGCAUCUUCCUGAGGUUUAACCGUCUCUCUGCUCUCUCCGUGGCUGAGGACUCCUUCUCUCACCUGUCCAAGCUGCAGGUGUUGGACAUCGGACAUGGAAACGUCACGCCUUUCCGUAACCACGGAGAUAUCACAGAGGAAGACUACUCGGAAAACGAGGAGGAAGAGGUGGAAGUGAAUAAAUGAUAAACUGAAAAGAACAUUUUAAAGAGAUUUAUACUGUAUAGAGUGUCACUGAUGGAGGUCAUGUGACUCUGAGUGUUAUUAAUAAUAACGAUUAAUUAGUGUGUAUUAAUAAUAAUAUGGGAGUGUUGAUGAUGGAGGUCAUGUGACUGAGUGUUAAUGAUGAUAGUAGAUGAUGGAGGUCAUGUGACUGAGUGUUAAUAAUGAUAGUAGAUGAUGGAGGUCAUGUGACUGAGUGUUAAUAAUGAUAGUAGAUGAUGGAGGUCAU